AUGGUCAAGCUUGCUGAGUAUUCUCGAACAGCAACCUUUGCAUGGUCCCAUGAUAGGAUACCAUCCUUGGUGACAGGAACUGUGUCCGGGACUGUGGAUGCCAACUUUUCGAGCGAAUCGAAACUAGAGCUAUGGUCUCUUCUAGCUGCCGAUGCCUCAGAACCAACGCUCUCUUUGGCAGUGGACGCCAAGUUCAAUGAUCUUGAUUGGUCUCGAGAUGACAAGAUUAUUGCCGGUGCUCUGGACAACGGAGUGGUGGAGCUGUUCUCAAAGACGGAGGACUCUUUAAAGUCAGAAGGUAGCUUUGCUCGUCACAACGGUUCGGUUAAGACGGUCAGUUUCAAUUCGAAGCAGAAUAACGUCCUUGCAUCUGGUGGCAGUAAAGGUGAAAUUUUCAUUUGGGAUCUAAACACAUGUUUGAAAAACUCGAAGGAUUACACGCCAUUGACGCCGGGAAAUGCUACGACACCGAUCGACGAUGUGAGCUCAUUGGCUUGGAAUCAGUCGCUUGCCCACGUUUUUGCCUCCGCGGGGUCCACCAGCUAUGCUUCGAUAUGGGAUUUGAAGGCAAAAAAGGAAGUUAUACAUUUAAGUUACGCUUCUCCGAACACUGGCUUAAAGCCUCAGCUCUCAGUCGUAGAAUGGCAUCCAGCAAACUCCACAAGAGUGGCUACCGCUACAGGCAGUGACAGCGAGCCUUUGAUUCUUGUUUGGGAUUUAAGGAAUGCAAACACUCCUUUGCAAGUUUUGGCAAAAGGCCACACCAAGGGAAUUCUGUCCCUGGAUUGGUGCAAACAAGACAGCCAAUUACUACUCUCCAGCGGGCGCGACAACACGAUCGUUUUAUGGAACCCUGAAAAGGCAGAAGAAUUGACACAAUUUCCAACGCGAGGCAACUGGUGCUUCAAGACGAAGUUUGCACCGGAGGCACCAGAUUUGUUUGCCUCAGCUUCAUUCGAUAACAAGAUCCAGGUCCAAACGCUGCAAAACUUGACGAAUACUUUCGAUCAGGAGCAGACAGCAACGAAACAGCAGGAGUCUGAAACAGACUUUUGGAAUCACGUCUCACUCGAGGAAUCGAAUGAAAAACCACAAGUAAUGCACCUACAGGCUCCCGCUUGGUAUAAGUCUAAGUCACCAGCUGCUCAAUGGGCUUUUGGGGGCAAGUUAGUUCAUAUAACAGCUGACGGAAAAGGUGUUAUCAUAACGAAACCAACAAUUUCUGGUUUGGAGGAGAAUAAAGUUCUUGACGCGGCAAUCAAGACCAACGACUAUAAGCCAUUGAUAAACCAGAGAUUGGCUAAGACCAUUGACGAAACCAAUGAAGAGGACUGGAACUUCCUUGAAAAGCUGUCAAUGGAUGGCAAAGAGGAAUUCCUGAAGGAAGCAUUGUCCUUUGAUGACGAGGAGGAGAAGCAGGAGGAGACCCAGCAGGACGAAGGCGAAGAUUUCUUUGCUAAUAUCGAAGGAGCUUACGAGCCAAAAGGCUCCUUCUCCUUAGAGAGCGAUAUUGAAAAGCAAGUAGCCCAGGACGUUGUUGGGGGAAAUUUGAAGUCCGCUGUUGCCGCCUCUUUAGACAAUGAUUCACUUUUGGAAGCGAUGAUUAUUGCCCUGGACUCUGAUGACAAAGUUUUGAAGGAUUCGGUUAAGAGAAGUUAUUUCGCCAAAUACGGCGAUAAGUCAUCAUUGACAAGAUUCCUCUUCUCUAUCUCAAACAACAAUACCAACGACCUCGUCCAAAACCUCGAAGUUUCUCAAUGGAAGUAUAGUGCUAGAGCGAUCCACAAUUUUUAUUCCGAGGACCCCGAGACAAAGGACGAACAGCUGGGAAAGCUGGCGGACAGACUUUUGCAAUCUGGCAACCGACAGGAUGCUUUGAUCUUGUACUUGUCAGCCAACUCUCUAGAUAAGGUGGCCGAAGUAUGGUUAAAAGAGUCUCAAGACCUUGAGGAGAAGCUACAAAAGCAGAAAGAGUCUCUACAUGAAGCUCACUCCGAAUGUUUAACCGAAUUUAUUGAGAGAUUCACCGUUUUGGCUAGGCUUGCGGGUGACAAGAGGAGAAUUACUAAUGAAAAACUUAUUUCCAAGUUUAUGGAGUACGUGAAUCUUGCAUCUUCGAGCGGUAGCUUUGAUCUGGCAUAUUCUAUCCUCGACACUUUGCCUGCUGACAAUCAAGAAGUUAAAAUGGAGAAAGAGCGUGUUAUGCUCGCGUCUGGUAAGUCUCCAAAAACUUCAAGAAAACAAGCGUUCGGUUCAACAGCUGCGAAACCACUUCUGAAUAACCCACUAGGGAACACCUUUAACUCUGCUGGCUCAUCUUUUGCGGCUUCAGCUUCGCCUAUGCUCAACAGCUUCGUGAAUCCGCAAUUUCCUCCCUCUGUUUCAUCUCCUGUUUCAGCUCCUCGAGCAAAUCCAUACGCUCCACCACGAGGAUCUGAAGCAUCUAGCGGCAAGUAUGCUCCUCCUGCAUCAGUAUCGCCAGUGCCAGUGGCAGCCGCCGCUCAAAACACAUUUAAAGUUCCUGCAAAUCCAUAUGCUUUGAGAACGCCAGCGGCCACAGGGUCCAAUCAGUCGUCGUAUGCGCCAUUGGACACAAAACCAAUCCCGAAUUUCAUCUCUUCGCCACCAGUCUACGGAGAGACCGAGGCCGCUGCUCCUCCACCUCCCGGUAUGACUUCCGGCCAAACGCCGUACUUGAAUAAGAAAGCCAAUGACGGUUGGAAUGACCUGCCUCUGCCUGUGACGGAAAGGCCUUCGCGAGCCAAAGCUGGAUCCGUGGCGCCGCCCACUCUUCCAUCAGUCCCCAUCGGGAACGUACCUGGUACGCCAUCCAAUGGAUAUGCGCGCCCUCCACUCUCAACGAACCCAUCAUCCUCCUCACCACUACCUCCACCACCGAUUAGGAGCAGUAGGGUGACGUCUGUAUCAUCCACUACCUCGAUGAAGUCUUCGAAGGUGAGUACUACAAAUGCAUACACCCAGCCGUUGGGGUCGAACACAUCCACGUCCAGGGCGAACCCAGUAGAUCUGGCCACAAAUGCGCUGCCACCUAAUCCUUACGCGCCAUCUACAGCAACAAUGUCGCCCAAGCUUGGUCAGCCAAAUCCUUAUGCACCACCAACUCAGCCUAUCCAAACAGCAGCAUCACUGCCUCCUAAUCCAUAUGCCACUGCAACGGUACCACCCGCUCAGCCUGUGGCGGCGCAACGGCCGCCAGUCGGUCCUCCUCCGGUAGGACCACCACCAACUCAUUCCAGAAAGAAAACACAUAGCUCCACUACAGUGGAGAACGCCAGCCAUCUCUUGGAAUCUGUGCAGAAAAAGCCGGACCACGCUUACGGAGGAACGCCAACUCCUCCAAUACCUACGAAUCCUCCAGCAUCCAACAUGGCGCCGCCUCAACCCGCAGCUGCAGCUGGGACAGGCACUCCAUCGUCGUCUGCCCCUCAGGGAGUCCCGCCAGACCAGCAGCCUAUCGUCGAUUUUUUGAAAGCGGAGCUGGCACGAGUCGCACCAUUGAUACCUAAAGAGUACAGUAAGCAGCUCAAGGACUGUGGAAAGAGGUUGAACAUUUUGUACGCUCAUCUCGAAAAGCAAGAUCUCCUAACGCAACCCACCAUUGAGAAACUAAGUAACUUGGUUCAGUUGUUCAAAGAAGGCAACUACCAAGAGGCAAUGCAAGUUCAGGUUGACAUAGCCUCCAACCACCCCCAAGAGGCGGGAAAUUGGCUAACCGGUGUUAAGAGACUAAUUGGUAUAUCAGAAGCCAUCUCCAACUAA